AUGCUUUAUAAUCCUUGUCUCUCAUACAUGUCGGAGUGGUUCGUCGCUCGGAGAGGUCUCGCCAACGGGGUCAUCAACGCUGGGACGGCAACGGGCGGCCUUGUACUUCCAUUGGUCCUACCAAGUAUCAUCGAGAAGCAUGGCAUUUCUAAAACCUUGAGGAUAUUAGCCAUCGUAUUUGCCGUAAUGCUGGUACCUCUGUUGCCUUUAAUGCGUGGAAGACUGCCUUCUUCAAAGGUCAGAGUGCCACCUGCCCGUAAUGGCGAAGUGUCGAGAGCCUUCGCUAGCGAGAUGAAUCUUAGUCCCUCUAAGGCGUCUCUUACGUUGGCUAUGCUCAAUGAUCCAUGGCUUCUCUCCUUUUCGACACUUGUGGGAACAUGCAUGGCCACGUUCAUCCUCUGGGGAGUAUUGAGUCACUCUUUGGCUGGGUUAUUAGCCUUUGGUCUGGUAUAUGGCUCUUUAGCUGGCGGAAUAAUAGAUGAGGAUCCUAGACUAUCGACUACAUUCAUGGGCUAUCUAAUGAUGAGUCGUGGUCUUGGGAACAUCCUUUCGACUCCUAUUUCCACCGCAUUGGCCUCCCAGCGCGGAGGAGUUCACCAUCAAAACAGAUUUGGAUUCGAUGUUGGAGGGGGCAAAUUUGAGAAUGUCAUUCUCUAUGCUGGGUCUUGCUUUGCUGCGGCUUCUCUUAUUGCGGGUAUCGGUUGGGGUGUCGACUUGAAGGUGCUAAAGCGCAUCAGUGGUACAGGUCAUAUGGAGAUGUCCUGA